CAAGAAGCGUACGUUCCACCUGAGAACCUUUCCCUUCUUCGCUCUCAACAAAACAAAAAAAUCAAAUCGAAACGGAAGAAAUCGGAAUCCCUCUUCUAAUCCCCCCUACUUUUUCGUCUGCUCCGAUUUCCUCGAGAGCUAAUCUGGCAGCGAAUGCUGCGGCCGUAGAGUAGGGAGAUCUGUAGCCGCAGGCGCGCCUCGCCGUAGGCCGUAGCAUGGCGGUCCAGAACGACGGCGGCGGCGGCGGCGGCGGAAACGGCGCUGCGUCGGUGGUCGUCAACGUGUACGACCUGACGCCCAUGAACAACUACCUCUACUGGUUCGGCCUCGGCAUAUUCCACUCCGGAAUCGAAGUUCAUGGCAUGGAGUAUGGAUUUGGAGCACAUGAGUUCCCAACGAGUGGGGUGUUUGAGGUGGAACCAAAGAGCUGCCCUGGCUUUGUCUAUAGAAGGUCUGUUCGGAUGGGCACAACUGGGAUGUCCCGGGCAGAGUUCCGCUCAUUCAUUGAAAAUCUCGCUGGAAAGUACAAUGGCAAUUCAUAUCAUUUAAUUUCGAAAAAUUGCAACCAUUUUACAGAUGAUGUGUGUAAGAACUUAACUGGAAAGCAAAUCCCUGGAUGGGUGAAUCGACUAGCCAGAGUGGGUGCCUUCUUUAACUACAUUCUACCAAAAAGCAUUCAAGUUUCUGCAGUUACACAUGUCCCGACUCAUCCUGCAUUUUCUGAUGAUGAUAUGGAUUCAAGAUCUUGUUCUAUUAGUGGGGACAGUGAUGUGGAUGAGCUGGACCAACACCUGCUAUCAGCAGCGCCCAUUGAGCUUCAUUCUAUAGAACAACAAAGCUAGCCAAAGAUGAUAUCUGAAUUCAGCAACUCUUUAUGUUCCCUGCAGCAGCGCAAGUUUAAGACUCCAAUUCCUGGAGCUAGCAAUGAAGCGCUUCCCUUGUGCUCGAGUUUUGCUGCAAAGUGCAAACUCCUGGCAAUGCUGCCAUCCGUGGUGUUCUAGCAGAGACGGAAUUGGCACUGAGAGCCAUAUAUCCUUAGUCCUUAUAGCUCAUGCUAUUAUGGAAAUUAUAUCUACGAACUAGGGCAAUGCUGAGGCGGCUACAGCAUGUUGUAACAAACUAGUACUACCAUAUAUACAAUGAUCAUAAUAUCACGUGAAAUUUGAUUCUUUGUGUUGUAUUUUUUUGGAAUUGGUGAUUAUAUUGUCUCCAGUUAUAUGUCAUUAAAGAGUUUCUAUUCUA